AUGCACUCUCAAAGAAGAAAAGUCGACGAUUUGCAGAAGAUCAAGCAAAGACUAAGAAGUCUGCAAGCAGCCCUUCUGACGCUGAAAAAACCUGCAGAUCUUUUUAAUAGUAUAGUCAAUGUUACUCGUGAAGUCAUGUUAUUGUGCUCUACGCAUUCUCAUUUUCGCAGUCAAGCCCACCGCAAUGCAAGCAGUAGCGAGAAAUGGAGGGAGCGCAAGCGCGACGUAGAAAUUCUAGGAGCAGAAACAGAAAACUGCGAACUCCCGUUCUUCAGCCCUCGCCAACAUCUCCGAGUCCUCCACGCCUCGACGCCGAUUCUCAUCGCUCUGGGCAAAUUGUCAAACGCGGCGUGGAACACAAUGCUGGAUCAGCCACUCCACUAUGAAGACGCAAAAGGAAACACUCAACCAGUGUUAAUUCGAAUGGAGACGGUGGAGGACAUCGUGGUGGAUCAACUCGCUUCCAUCAAGGACUUCUACGCAGAAUUGAGAAUUUUGCAAACAACAAUUAUUCAGAAUGAACUGCAGGAAAGAAAGUUGGACGAACAAAUCGUGCUGGCUUCGUUGAAUGCAGUCAAGAACUCGGUGAAUGAACUCGCAAAAAGGAUGGACUCCUAUCCGAUGCGACCGUUCCUCAGAGCCAACGAUUCCUCAACCGAUGCACAGCACAAUCGAGCACCAGAGGAGACCCGAUCCUGCCAAGCAAGAUCAGGCAGAAAGAAUAAAAAUAAAACCUCCGGAACCAGGCUCUAG